AUGCGGAUUCCACAUACGAUAAAUAAAGUUACCUACGAUUUAUAUAAACCGUCAUUAGAAUCGUUAAAUUUAAAAGAUGAAGUUGGUCGACAAUUACGGGUCGAAGACUAUAUGUGGGAUGUGGAAUUAUUUCCAACAUUGGCUCAUCUAUGUUUACGUAUCUUAUUGGAUAAAUUUCAAGAACGGCAAUAUUUAAAUCGUUUGCCAUGUAAAGAUGUCGAUUUUUUAUUUGAACAUUUACCAACGACCUUACCAAUGGAAUUAACGAUUCCAUUGAUACCAGAUGGAAUCUAUUGGAAACGCAGUUAUUUAGCACGUUGGACCGAUUUUAAUGAAAUGCUACGAAUGGAUCGUAUGAAUUGGAAAGUGGCUUACAUUGAACGUCAUAUGCAAGAUUUUUUUGAAAAUAUUCAACCUGAAUACUAUGUCGAUGCAGAUUUUCAACAUUUUUGGUUGUUAGUACGUCCCUACGUCAAACGUUUAGUAAUCCGUCAAUUGUUACAAGAGAAACUACGUGCGGCCGAAGAAGAUACCCGUAAACUAAUCCACCAUAUUGAUUUUAGCCUGAUAUUAAAACAUUUUCAUAAUGUUACCGAAUUAGAUUUAAUUUUUGGACCACGUAAUAUUAAAGAGAAUUUUCGAUUUGAGUAUUUUGAAUUGUCGAUUGACGAUAUUAAACAUUUAGCGAGUGGUAUUAAUUGUAUGCCUAACAUGCAAAUUUUUCGUUUACAUCGUAGCAAAUUAUAUGACGAGCAUGUACAGGCGAUUGUUCAAGCUUUUGUUAAACAUAAUAAAACUUUGUUAGAAAUGGAUUUUUCCCAUUGUAAAAUUGGCAACAAGGGUGCAUAUUAUUUUGCUGAGCUAAUACGAAAACAUCCCACUUUAAAUAAAUUAAUAUUAUGUAAUAAUUUAAUCACACAAGAGGGGAUAUUAAGCAUAACGUUUGUAUUACAAUCAACCGAAACAUGUCCCUUAAAACACUUGGAUCUUCGAUUGAAUCCAUUAGGACCUGAAGGUUUUAAAACAAUUUUUUCAUGUUUAAUACGAAACGAAGUACGGCCAAAUGAAUUGGUUGUAGCUGAUGUAGGUUUUACGGAAACCGAAGCAAUUAUUUUUGGAGAUGUUAUAUUACCGUUGAAUAAAUCCUUGGAAUAUGUUGAUAUUAGUAACAAUGCAUGUGGAAUCGAAGGGGGUAAGGCAAUAGCAAGAGGGCUAGAAAGAAAUACUCAAAUAUUGUACAUGGAUUAUCGAGCUUGUGGAUUUGAUGGUACUUCGAAAUAUACAAUAAAAAAAUUAUUACAUCGUAAUAAUUGUUUGAAACAUAAACGUGUUUUUAAUGAGGACGAUGUCGAAGAAGAAGAUGAAGUCGAAAUAAAAUCCCUAGAAGAUGUAACAGUUGUAGAAGAUGAACUGGACGAGGAAGAGGAAGAAGAACAAUCAAACGAUGAUGAUUAUUAA